GUCACUGGUCUCUCAGACUGUUGCUAGAAGGCGACUGCGUCGACGUCGGAUUAGACUCGCGGCGUCUCACUUCCAUCGGAGCGCUUUUCCUCCGGCGCUCGGAACCUACUCUGUGCUUCUCGGCUGUAGGGCCUGGAGGGAGGCGUAUUGAGCCGGCUCGAGAGCUAUCUGGGGCGCACAAGCGUUCCGUUCGUUACCCGCUCAGCGCCAUGUCGUGGAUGUUCAAGAGAGAUCCUGUUUGGAAGUACUUGCAGACUGUCCAAUACGGAGCCCAUGGAAAUUUUCCACGCCUCUCAUAUCCAACUUUCUUUCCCCGUUUUGAAUUCCAAGAUAUUAUACCUCCAGACGACUUCCUAACUAGUGAUGAAGAGCUAGAUUCAGUUUUAUUUGGAACUUUGAGAGGUCAUGUAGUUGGACUACGCUAUUACACAGGAGUAGUUAAUAAUAAUGAAAUGGUUGCGUUACAACGAGAGCCCAAUAACCCCUAUGAUAAGAAUGCAAUUAAAGUAAACAAUGUCAAUGGAAAUCAGGUUGGCCAUUUAAAGAAAGAUCUUGCAGCUGCUUUGGCCUAUAUCAUGGACAACAAAUUGGCACAGAUUGAAGGGGUUGUUCCUUUUGGUGCAAACAAUGCUUUUACCAUGCCUCUCCAUAUGACUUUUUGGGGAAAAGAAGAAAAUAGAAAAGCGGUUUUAGAUCAGUUGAAGAAACAUGGAUUUAAAUUGGGUCCUGCACCAAAAACUUUAGGAUUCAGUUUAGAAAGUAGUUGGGGCUCUGGAAGAGCUGGACCAAGCUAUAGUAUGCCAGUUCAUGCUGCAGUACAGAUGACAACUGAGCAGCUUAAAACAGAAUUUGACAAAUUGUUUGAAGAUUUAAAAGAAGAUGAUAAAACUCAUGAAAUGGAACCAGCUGAGGCUGUUGAAACACCAUUGCUUCCACAUCAAAAACAAGCUCUAGCUUGGAUGGUUUCACGGGAAAACAGUAAAGACCUUCCACCAUUUUGGGAACAGCGAAGUGACUUAUACUAUAACACAAUAACAAAUUUUUCUGAGAAGGACCGACCAGAAAAUGUCCAUGGAGGAAUUUUAGCUGAUGAUAUGGGUUUGGGCAAAACUCUGACAGCCAUUGCAGUAAUUCUUACCAACUUCCAUGAUGGCAAACCUCUUCCUGUUGAAAGAAUUAAAAAAAGUCAGCUGAAGAAGGAGUGUAAUGUUAACGAUCAAUCUAUGAAACUUGGAGGAAACAAUACCAGUGAAAAGGCAGAUGGACUAAUCAAAGGAUCUAGAUGUAGUGGAGAACCCAGUAUUUCAGAUGUCAAGGGAAAGAAUAAAUAUCCCAAGUCAGAAUUGUCUAGCUCUCGCCCCAAAAGAAGGAAAACUGCAGUCCAGUACAAUGAAAGCAGUGAUUCAGAGGAAAAUGAAGCAAGUGAAUUGCCACAGAAAAUGAAAGGCAAACUGAAAAAUGCACAGUCUGAGACUAAAAGAGUAAAAGCAGGAUCUUCUAAGGUUAAAGAAGAUGCAGAGUUUGCAUGUGCACUUAUUUCAUCUACCCCUACAACAAAAAGGAGAAUGUUGAAAAAGGGAGCAUCUGCAGUGGAGGGUUCAAAGAAAACUGAUGUUGAAGAGAGACCAAGAACAACACUGAUCAUCUGCCCACUUUCUGUGUUAAGCAACUGGAUUAGUUACAACAGUUUUCUGUUAUUUUUAGGUACUCCGAUUCAAAAUUCUUUAAAGGACUUGUGGUCUCUUCUUUCCUUUUUAAAACUUAAACCAUUUCUUGAUAGAGAAUGGUGGCAUAGAACAAUACAGCGUCCUGUCACAAUGGGAGAUGAAGGAGGACUUAGGCGUUUACAAUCCCUAAUUAAAAAUAUUACCCUAAGAAGAACAAAGACAAGCAAAAUUAAAGGAAAACCUGUUUUGGAGUUACCAGAACGUAAAGUAUUUAUUCAGCACAUUACACUUUCAGAUGAAGAGAGAAAAAUUUAUCAGUCUGUGAAAAAUGAAGGCAGAGCUACUAUUGGAAGGUAUUUUAAUGAAGGGACUGUCCUUGCGCACUAUGCAGAUGUCCUGGGUCUUUUGCUUAGAUUGCGGCAGAUUUGUUGUCAUACUCACCUUCUUACAAACACAGUGUCUUCCAGUGGUCCCUCAGGAAAUGAUACACCUGAAGAACUACGAAAGAAGUUAAUAAGGAAGAUGAAGUUAAUUCUGAGCUCAGGUUCUGAUGAAGAAUGUGCAAUUUGCUUGGAUUCUUUAACAGUUCCUGUCAUAACACAUUGUGCACAUGUCUUUUGUAAACCCUGUAUUUGCCAAGUCAUUCAGAAUGAGCAGCCACAUGCUAAAUGUCCUUUAUGCAGAAAUGAUAUACAUGGAGACAAUUUAUUAGAAUGUCCUCCAGAAGAAUUGGAGUGUGACACUGAGAAAAAGUCUACUAUGGAAUGGACAUCCAGUUCAAAGAUUAAUGCUCUAAUGCAUGCACUGAUUGACUUAAGAAAGAAGAACCCCAACAUAAAAAGUUUAGUUGUUUCUCAGUUCACAACAUUCCUGUCUUUAAUAGAAACACCACUCAGAGCCUCUGGAUUUGUGUUUACUCGUUUGGAUGGUUCCAUGGCACAGAAGAAAAGAGUUGAAUCAAUUCAGUGUUUUCAAAACACUGAAGCAGGAUCUCCAACUAUAAUGCUUCUAUCCUUAAAAGCAGGUGGAGUUGGUUUGAAUCUUUCCGCAGCUUCUCGAGUGUUUUUAAUGGAUCCAGCCUGGAAUCCAGCUGCUGAAGAUCAGUGCUUUGACAGAUGCCAUAGACUUGGCCAGAAGCAAGAAGUUAUCAUCACAAAAUUCAUUGUGAAGGAUUCUGUUGAAGAAAAUAUGCUGAAAAUACAAAACACAAAGAGAGAACUUGCUGCUGGAGCCUUUGGAACUAAAAAAACAAAUGCUAAUGAAAUGAAACAAGCUAAAAUUAAUGAAAUCAGAACUUUAAUUGAUUUAUAAUUUGUGGGAUUUGGUAAGGUCAGUUUGAUUAGAUAUAUAUGGAAAUUUUGGAAAUCAGAAAAUAGAGUUUUAGAAAUGAGAUCUAGAGUAUGUCUUCUUUAAAAAGAGCAUAUCAUUUUAUAUUAGUAAAGUAUUACUGAUAUAUAGUCUCUUCUAUAUAUGAACCUAUUUUUAAUGAUAUUUCAAAUAGCAAUAAGUUCUGUUAUAUACUGUGGCCUAAAAUAAUUUUUUGAGAAAGUUGUUAUUCAGCUUUUCAUAUUGUCUUUGCUGAGUAUUUUCAUAUAUCUUUCAAGUACUCAGCUUUUUCAUAUUUCAAAUAAGGUCAAACCUUUUAUACUUUUGACCAAAUAAAAGAGUUUUCUGUGUUGGACACAUUUGGUUAAUCACUAGAGCCUUCCAUUUGUGAUGUGAUGGAUUCACAGUCCUUGUAAACGAUUAAUACAUAGAUUAUAUACAAGAGAUUUCAUUACUUUGAAAAACCAGAUUUGCAUUCCAGAAUCAAACCUUAAAUGAGAGACUGAAGUCCAGGUUAGCAGGUUAACUUACAAUUUUUUUUUUUUUUUUAACAGUUUGAGAUCUAAUUCACAUAUGUGAUUUGCAGUUUUAUGUUUAUGAAAAGAUAGGGACUGUGUUAGAAUACUAUUUUUCUCCAUUUUAGUCAAGUAGUAUAUUGUUUAAAUGUCAUUCAAUGUGUUAGUGUGUAAAUAGUCUGGGGGUGAGAAGGAACCAGUUCUACCCAGUUUAAUUUGAAUAUUUAAAUUAUGGAAUUGCUGAAUAGAUAUUUCUAUAUAGAGAGAUAAUUUUUAUUUAUGUAGCUUUUUUUUUUUAAAAAAUAACUUUAUAAAUUUUUAUAAUUCAGAAGACUACUAUAUGUGAGAGGCGUGAUAUCUGGAUGGAAGUUGGGCUGGAUGACCUCCAAAAUCGUUUCAACUCUUAAAGACAUCUUAAUCCUGAAUGGAAAAAUUUCUUUGUUACUGUGUUUAGAAUCAGACAUUGAUUUUGGAACUUCAGUAAUUCACCCUACAUUUAUCUAUAAAAUUAGUCCUCUUUUUCUUACUUUUUGGUUAAUCAGACUCACGGUAGUUGUCAUGGCAUUCCAGAUGACUCUUUGAGUCACAUUUAAAUAAGCUCUGCAUUUGCCAAUCACGUUAGUUAGUGGUGUCCUUCCUUAAGGGGAACUUUUUAAUCCAAAGAAAGAUUACUGUACAGGAGAAGCUUCCUGUUUGGCCAUGCAGACUUGAGAACACCUUUCAUUUUACUUACAGUGUUAAGAAAUGACUUAAAGAUAAGCUUGGAGGCAGUGUUGUGUUCUAGGGCAUACAUCGAGCUAUGUGCUGAAUCUGUCGACAGCUAAAUUCUCCCCUCCCUGUGCCCGGUCUCCUGCUACAAGGGAACAGUGUAUUAGGCAGCAAGAAUCUUCCCAGCCCCUUUUCUCUUUGGCUGCAGGUAAGGCAGAGGGCUGGGUAAAAGGAUCAACAGACCUUUCUGUACAGAUAAGAGUGGAAUAAUAACCUGGGGUUGGUCCACUAGCAUUAGGAGCAAUUGGGAAUUUCUUUACCUUGUAGAACUAGCAUUACACAAAAAAAAUCAGGUUGAUGAAAAUCUCAUGAAAUAUACUAUGUGGAUUUCUAUACACCAGUACUCCCGUGAGAUUAAGUACAGAAAGAAUGUUCAGCAAAAAAAGAGAGAUAUAUACUCUUCUUGCUUACAAAGGCAAAGCCUUGCAAACUCACUGUAAAAGACUUUGCUUGCCUCUUUACCUAACAUUUAUAGACUUGUGUUUUUAAACAUAAUGAUAAAUUUGGCAAGUCAUUUAAAAAAUACCUGUUUUUGUACAGUUCUAUUAAAUGGUGUUAAACAAAUUUAAUUCAUCCGAAGGAAAUAUAUAUAUAAACCACCAGAAUGAAAAGUUCGUAUUAUGCUCUGCUGUUAAUUCUGUUUCAUCAUUACGUAGAAAAAUAGCUUUAGAAGUAUCUUGAAGACAUUGUAUCCCACUUGUGGUUCAAACUGAAUUUUGUGGUUCAAACUGGAUUUUGUUUUAAAAUAAAUAAAAGUUUUAAAAAUCCA